GCAGCAGCAGCUCCGGAGCGCAGCGCAGCGCAGCCCGAAUCGUGGAGCCGUCGGUGGCAUGGCGAAGGAAGGGCGGCCGGCAGCGCUGCCUGGCCGGGGUUAGAGCGACCGAGCGCGACCGAGCCUUGCGGGGAGAGCGCGGUCCGCGAUGGCUUCCAAGGAGCGGCUCUACGAGCUGUGGAUGCUCUACUUCGCCAAGAAAGAUUUGUCCUACCUCCAACAAUGGUUAGAAGCCUUUGUGGCCAAUUUUGAGAAGAUCAUCGCUGUCCAUUCUCUGGAACCGAGAAGGCCCGAAGACUCCGUAUCUGAAAUUCCACUUUUACCUCUGGACGUCUUGCAAGUGUUAACCCAACAACUGACGUCUUCGGUGUCCCAAAUUUCACGCGACGAGGUAGCCGAACCUGGCUUGAAGCAAGCUCUCCUGCUCACCAAGUUCUUCAUCAUUAUUUGCAGGAAUCUCGAAAACGUCCAAGCUGAUCGUCCACCCCUGUUUGUCCACGAGCUGAUCAUUCUGCUGUCUACCUGUUCAAAACAGCUCAACAGCUUCCACACGGACGCCUGGCCCCACCAUCGCCAGCUGGAGACCCUCACCCUCUACGCCCUGCACCUUUGCGAGUGUCUCUUUGAUCCCUACCAAACUUGGCGGAGGCAGCUGAGCGGGGAGAUUGUGAGUGCGAAAGAGAAGAACAAAUACAAGUUCGCACCAGCUGUGUUGCCUCCGGAGUUCGGUUCCUUUUUUGAAGAAUGCUUUGAAACGGACCAAGAGCUGCCAGAAUGCCUUCAGUUACGGCUAAUCCACCUUUUGGGGGCUAUUCUAUCUGGAUCCAAGCAAAAUGCCCUCCAGAUGAUUACCCCAUCGACCGUCGAGGUUCUCAUGUUGGUCCUCAGGAGGUGGUGCCUUCCGGCCAGCGGACCCACGAAGGACCCCCAGUUGCUGCAGUUGACCCUCAAGAGCGUGGUGUCCAUGGUUCACGUCCUCCACACCAGCAGCCCCAGCCAACGGGCCGUAGAGAUACGAGCCAUCUUGGACAGCUUCUUCAAGGUCCUCAACGCCGACCAACCCUUGGCCUCCUUGGAAGGAUCACCCGGUCCUCACUGGGAGGAGAAGUUGAUCACACUGCGGGUGAACAUGCUGGAUGCCAUUCCGGAAAUGUUGAAUUCCGACGAUCGUCCAGUCUUGCAGGCCAUGUUCCUGAGCAACAAUUGUUUUGAACACAUCAUACGAUUGAUCCAAAACAGCAAGCUCCACCUGAGCAGGGAGUGCAAAGCACCUGCAAGGGAUCUGGCCACACGGCUGCUGACUGAGAUGGAGACCUGUCAGGUUUUUGACAACAGUUCGGACGCCAUUCCAAUUCACGCCAUUGGGGUCCUCACCUCCAUCAUGGCUACGUCUCCCGCUGCUAAGGAGGUCUUCAAAGAAAGGAUUGGCUACUCCCACCUCUACGAGGUCCUGAAGAGCCAGAGUCAGCCCACCAAGAAACUGCUUCAGCAGCUCCUCAACAUGGCUGUUGAAGGGGACCACACCGCCUCGCCUCCGCGCCUCAUCCACAACGAGCAGCCGCUACUGAUCCUGACUCAGUGGAUUCCCGAACUCACCUCCCGGGACCUCCAGAUCUUCCUUUCGGAGUGGCUGAAGAAAAUCUGCAACGCUUCUCUCCAGAGCCGCACCACCUGCGUCCGGGCGGGCAUGGUGGGUUACCUGUUGGACACGCUGAGCGCCGCGCAGCAGAAUCUUGACCGCAAAUGCACCGAGAACCUCGUCGACUUGCUGCAAGUGCUCGGCGGUCUCUCGAUCCGUCCGGGCGAGUUACGGCAGUUGCUGAAACUCCUCCGGACCGAGAAUGGCGCAGGUUGUCACCCGUACACUGUGCAAGUCGUGCGAGCUCUUUCGGGGAUGGCGCGCAAGGAAGGACCCGAGCGGGCACUGCAGUAUUUCGACCUGACGCCCAGCAUGGCGGGAAUCAUGGUGCCCACCAUCCAGAAGUGGCCUGGGGUUGGCUUUGCCUUCCACGCCUGGCUGUGUCUCCUGACUGAAGAAACCAAGGACGCUCCGGAGGAAACUGGCCGACUGAAGCGGAAACAAUUGUACAGCUUCUUCACAGCCAGCGGGACCGGCUUCGAAGCCUUCUUCACCACGGAGGGCAUGUUGGUGGUAGCCGUUUGCACCAAGAAGGAGUAUAUGACGGUCGCUCUGCCAGAGAUUCACUUCAACGACGCAGCCUGGCAUUGCGUUGAUGUCGUCCACAUUGUGGGCCGCCGGCUGUUCAGUCAGAACGUGGUGAACAUUUUCGUAGAUGGUCAGCUCCAGAAAUUCGCCCAGCUGCGUUUCCCGUCCCUUGGCGAGGCCUUCACGUCUUGCUGCAUUGGUUCUGCUGGCCAUCGGACCACAACCACGUCCACAAUCUACUCGCCCCCGUCUCACUCACCGGAUCUGGAAUUCCCAACACACCCUUUUCUGAACCGCUCACAGUCCUUCCCAGCAUCUCUGGCUUCUCACACCUGGACCCCCAUCCCACCCCGGGAAAGCAUGGUUUCCACCAUGAUUGCGGGGACCCAGGACACCGAAUGGGGGAUGCCCACCUCUUUGGAGGGCCAUUUGGGGUCAGUCGCUAUCUUCUACGAGGCACUCCAGCCUGCUCAGGUGAAGGCCUUCUUCUUGGCAGGACCAAAUAUCGCAUCACCAUUUAAGCCUGAGGGAGAUUUUGGGGAACUGAGUAGCAAAUUACUUUUGUACUACACACCCCAGGCCUGUAAAAGCAACAUCUGUCUGGAUCUUUCUCCAAACCAUAAUCUGGACGGGAGGCUGACAGGACAUCAAGUGGUGAACUGGGAUGUUAAGGAUGUCAUCAACUGCGUUGGCGGGAUGGGAGCUCUGCUCCCUCUGCUGGAUCAAGUAGCAUCUCAAAAGGAAGAAAGCAAAGAGAUCCAGGAGAUCCACGAUUUGGUGGGGCCAGAGUUGACGUCUUCACGGAGUGCUCAAGGCUUACACAUUCCCCUGGGAAAAUCUUCAGAGGGCAGGCUGGAGAAGAAUGGAGUGGCUGCUUUUUUACUACUGGUGAAGAACUUCCUGUGUGGUCACCAAGUCAAUCAAGAGAGUUUGGUCCAAUGUCACGGUCCCGCCAUCAUUGGAGCCUUGCUACAGAAGGUCUCCAGCCAGAUGGUGGACAUGAAUGUCCUCGUGGCCUCCCACAUUCUGAUGGAGGCGGUGGCCUCAGAAGGACACAACCUCUUGCUUCAUCUCCUCUACCAGGCCCUCGUCUUUGACUUCCGCAUCUGGACCAACAGUGACUUUGCCGUCCGGCUGGAACACAUCCAAUACCUGUCCAACAUAAUUAAGGAUCACAAACAAAGGAUACGGAAGAAAUAUGGAGUGCAGUACAUCCUAGAUGCCAUCCGGACCUAUUACGGAACCUACAAGGAGAAGCCCAUUGCCACCGAUAACCUCCGGACGGUGCAAACAUCCCUCUUCAGCCUCAUCAAGGACUUCUUCUGCAGGAACAUCUCCAGUGAUGAAAUGCAAAGCACCAUGAAUUAUCUGGCAGCCGUAAAUGAUGAGAACCAGGUAUGUGGGAUACUGGAAGUGAUCCAGAGCCUGCAGAAGAGUUCCCCGUGCCAGGACCAGCUCUUCGCUUUCCUGUUUGAGCCAGGCAAUGUGGAGGUCUUCUUCUCCCUACUCAUUCAACGGAAGUUCUCAGAUGAAGUCCGGGAGAGAAUCUUCAAGAUUUUGUACAAGUUGCUGAAGUACGAGAAGAUCCACGAACGGUACAAGCAUCGCUUGAAGCUGAAGGACGUCGGCUACCAUGGCUUCAUCUCGUACCUGAACGACAUCCCAGUUUCCAUACUGUUCUUCCGGUGCCUUCUGGAACAAGUCCUUGGAGCAGAUUCCCCAAACUACAAGGAUUUGAUGGCCGUCGUUUACCUCUCCCACCGGGCAGAUCUGACGGUCAGACUGGACAUCUGCAGGAAGCUCUUCCACCUAAUUUACUCGCAGCACGACAUGGUGAAGCACCUGGCCAAGCUGGCAGGCUGGCAGGACACCCUCACUAAGCUCUACGUCAAGGAGUCCUACGAGUCUCGCCAACACAGCCUGUCGAGCUCGGCCAACGGGGUGGACUUCUUGAAGCUCUCGGAGCAGUCCAGCAUGGAAAGAGGGAAAGAGCUGGUGGGCUCCACGAGUCCCUUGACCUCUGAACUGCCAGACUUGGAUGUGUUCCUCCCCUUGGGCUACGAAGCUUCUGACCACGAGCUGUCAGAAGGUUUCUCGGAUCUGUCCAUGUCUCCCACCAGCCAGAAGAACAAGAUCUUCCAGUCUUACGCCUUCAAAUCCUUCGACUCCUUAGAGCUCGCCAGCCAUUCUUCAUCCUCUAACAUCAUGGACCUUCCCGGGCAGGGAGAAGUCCACCCAGGAGGCCCAGCUGACCGUGUCUACCACCCGCUCUCACCUUUCUCCAAUUCUCCCUUUGACCUCGGAUUGGAUUUGGGCAGCAGUAGCUCCGCGGCUACCUUGGAAAGUGGCAACCAUACCCCACUCAGCCUUCCCGGGACGCCAUCUCCUCUGGAGAACUUCAAGCCGUUCCCGGGGUCAAGAGCUCGGAAGAGUUCCAGCUUGUCCAACGUGCUGGACGAGACGAGCUAUCAAGAAACUCUGCCAAGCGACAGCAUUUCCAACACAAGCAACCCUCAGCAAACCCCGGAGGAAGAACUGUGCAACCUACUCACCAACAUCAUCUUCUCAGUCACCUGGCGGGGCGUGGAGGGCUGGGACGACAUGGCGUGGAAAGAGCGAGGACAGGUCUUCUCCGUCCUCACCAAGCUGGGCUCGGCCUGUGAGCUGGUCCGCCCACCUGACGAGAUCAAGCGCAGCCUUCUGGAGAUGAUGAUGGAAUCGGCCUUGACAGACCUAAAGGAGACCACCCCAGCUCUGCUGCCGAGCCUCACCCAGAAUGCCUUGAAACUGCUCCAUCUCCUACAGGAUUUCUUGUUCUCAGAAGGUCACAACAACCAGGUCCUCUGGAGUGAGAAGAUUUAUGAGGGUGCCAACAGCCUGCUAGACAAGCUGGGGGUCUGGAACCACUUGGGCACUUCGGAGUUGAAGGAGAUGGCACAAAUUGGCCUGCGGGUGUUGAUUGGAUACAUCAUGUUGGAAGACGUGCAGCUGCAGUCCUUGGCCUACGUCAAGCUUCACGGUCUCCUCCAGACAGUUCAGCCCCCCAGGAAGGAACAAGCCUGUUACCUGCUGGGCAAACUGGAGACCCCACUCCGAGCUUCUCUGCACACCAAGUCGGAGACCUUCUCCUGGCUGGUGCCCAUCAUCCGGACGCUGAUGGACCAGUGUUACAAUACUUUGCAGCUCCAGCACUUCCUGCCGUCUCUGCCACCCACCAACGGCAGCCCCACCUUUUACGAAGACUUUCAGAUCUUCUGCACCCACCCAGAGUGGCACACCUUCAUCGAGAAGCACGUACAACCCACUAUGGCCCAGUUUGAAAUGGACACGUUUGCCAAGAGCCACGAUCACAUGUCCAACUUCUGGAACUCCUGCUACGACGCCUUGAUGAGCAGCAAUCAGAGGAGGGAGAAGGAGAAAGCUGAGAGCCGGAGGAAGUUCCAGGAGCUGAUCCGGGAGCCUGUAAUGAAACGGGCGAAAUACGAAAAUAUCCGGCACACAAAUAUGCUGAAGCAAAUCAACCAUCAUCACAAUACGGUCUUGCAACAGUGGCAGGCGAUACAGCGGCUACUGACUUCUCAGCGCUCAGUGUGGGCUGACCAGAAUCCACCUGAGAUCUACUGGAAGCUAUCCAACGUGGAGACCUACUCCCGAAUGAGACUGAAGUUGGUUCACAAUCACCAUUACGACCGCCACGCAGAAGCUAGUGCCUUGCGGGACAACCUUGGUGCCGAUGGCUUACACAACCCAGCGGAAUCCCUACCUUGCGUGGCCAAAGAAGCCAAAGUCAGUGAGAUGCAGGACGAUCAACUAGCAGAAGAAGAAGUCUCGUUCUUGGACAAUCACCUAGAACGCAAAGAGCAAAGCCAGCGAGAGAAACUGCUGAUCUCGGAGGAUUGCGAACUCAUCACCAUUGUUGCUGUGAUCCCGGGACGCCUGGAGGUCACCACUCAACAGAUCUAUUUUUACGACAGCAACAGCGAGAAAGAGGAGACUGAGGAUGGUAUCGGACACGACUUCAAGCGUCCACUCGGUCAGCUCCGGGAGCUGCACCUGCGACGUUACAACCUGCGACGUUCGGCUCUGGAGUUCUUCUUCAUCGACCAGGCGAAUUAUUUCCUCAACUUCAAGAAAAUGGUGAGGAACAAGGUCUAUUCCACCAUCCUCAGCUUGCAGCUUCCUAACCAGAUUUAUCAAGGCAGCCGCUCCCCGCAAGACUUGCUCAAGGCCUCCGGACUGACUCAGAAAUGGGUCUAUAGGGAGAUCUCCAACUUUGAAUACCUCAUGCAGCUGAACACAAUUGCAGGACGCACCUACAAUGAUCUUUCUCAAUAUCCCGUGUUCCCCUGGAUCCUGCAAGAUUACGUCUCAGAGACCCUGGAUCUCAACAACCCGGCUGUUUUCCGGGAUCUGUCCAAGCCCAUCGGCGUGGCCAAUGAGAAACACGCCAAGGAUGUCAAAGAGAAGUACGAGAGCUUCGAGGACCCCACGGGGAUGAUUGACAAAUUCCACUACGGCACCCACUACUCCAACGCAGCCGGUGUCAUGCACUACCUGAUCCGUACGGAGCCUUUCACCACGCUGCAUAUCCAGCUGCAGAGCGGGAGAUUUGAUUGUUCUGAUCGCCAGUUCCACUCGGUUCCUGCCGCUUGGCAGGCUCGUUUGGAGAAUCCGGUGGAUGUGAAGGAAUUGAUCCCGGAAUUCUUCUACUUUGCCGAUUUUCUGGACAACCAGAAUGGUUUCGAUCUCGGCUCUCUUCAGAUAUCGAAUGAGAAAGUGGGGGACGUGGUCCUUCCCAAAUGGGCCAAAUCCCCAGAAGAUUUUAUCCACAAACACCGGCAAGCACUAGAAUCCGAGUAUGUCUCAGCCCAUCUGCAUGAAUGGAUCGACUUGAUCUUUGGCUAUAAGCAGAGGGGGCCAGCAGCUGUGGAAGCUCUGAAUGUAUUCUACUAUUGCACUUAUGAAGGGGCAGUCGAUUUGGACGCGAUCGCAGACGAAACGCAACGCAAGGCUUUGGAAGGCAUCAUCAGUAACUUUGGGCAGACACCCUGCCAGCUGUUGAAGGAACCACAUCCGGCCCGUUUCUCGGCUGAAAAUGCAGCUAAGAGACUUUCUCGCCUGGAUACAUAUUCUCCCAACAUUUUUGAAAACCUGGAUCAACUCAAAUCGUUCUUCGUUGAAGGCAUCAGCGACCGGAUCCCACUCGUCCAGGUGAUCGUGCCCAAGAGUCAGUCUCAUUCUUUCAUGACUCAGGGAUCUCCGGACAUGAUGGUCACAGUCAGUGCCAACGGGCUGCUAGGAACUCACAGCUGGUUGCCGUACGAUAAAAACAUCUCCAAUUACUUCAGCUUCACCAAAGACUCCACCGUCUCCAACCCAAAGACGCAGCGCUACCUGUACGGACCCUUUGCUCCGGGGGCAGAGUUGUCCUCCAAAACAUUGGUGGUCUCUCAUGACGGCAAGCUCCUCUUCAGUGGAGGUCACUGGGACAACAGCUUGCGGGUCACCUCGUUGAGUAAAGGAAAGGUGGUGGGACACAUCAAUCGUCACAUAGAUGUCGUCACCUGCCUGGCCUUAGAUCUGUGCGGAAUCUACCUCAUUUCUGGAUCGCGAGACACCACCUGUCUGGUGUGGCAAGUCCUUCAGCAGGGUGGACUGUCUUAUGGCUUGGCUUCCAAGCCAGUCCAGGUCCUCUACGGACACGAAGAUGAAGUCACGUGUGUUGGCAUCAGCACAGAGCUGGACAUGGCGGUUUCAGGGUCGAAGGAUGGCACCAUCCUCGUUCACACCAUCCGCAGAGGGCAGUUCAUGAAGUCGCUGAAGCCCCCAUGGGAGAGUUCCCUGCCGGUCACCAUCUCCAACCUGGUUGUAGGUCACGAGGGGCAGAUCGUGGUCCAGACGAUCUUGGGGGGAAGAGCCUCUCCCAAGGACAAGUUCGCCCUCCACCUUUACUCCGUCAACGGCAAGCACCUGUCUUAUGUCCCUCUGGAUGAGCAGGUUACCUCGAUGUGCGUCACGGAGGACUUCGUCGUGUUGGGCACUCUUCAGUGUUCGUUGCAGAUCAGGGACCUUCAGAGGCUGCAGCCGGCAAUUCCCUCUUUGAUCAUGAAGGUCCCCAUCCACAGCGUCUCCAUGACGAAAGAGAAAAGCCACAUCUUGGUGGGUCUGGAAGACGGCAAGUUGAUCGUGGUCGGCGCAGGGCAGCCUUCGGAGGUGCGGACGGGCCAGUUCCAUCGGCGGCUGUGGCGUUCGACGCGGCGUAUCUCCCAAGUGUCUUCGGGCGAGACAGAAUAUCAUCCGACGGAAUCCAAAUAGAGGCCUCAUUUUUAACUUUCCUGUUGCCUUGUAGUUACCUCUCUGCCACAGUGGUCCCCAGGUUCUCCUAAGAGAAGGCCCACCACUGCUGCUGUCUGAUUCUCUCGUUGCGCGGCCGACGGAUCUUUGCGGCUGCAGGGAUAACCUGCGGCAAUUCCCCAGAAGCGAGAACCUGCACACAUCUGGAGCAGGCUCCUGAAUGCAGUUUGUGCAGCAGAACAAUCUGGGGGGUUUUGUGUGUGUGUGCCUGUGUGUGUGUGUGUGCGUGUGUGGUUUCCCUGAGUCCAUUCAGCUGUUCCCCACCGAUCAAUGCUAUACUACUGUUGAUUCCUGCAGAGCUUGAAACGGCAAAUGUUUGUAUUCGUUGUCUUAUACUGGAGAGCGUGAGCGAGAGAGGACGGGGUAAGGCUGCUGGAGUUUUCUUCUCCCCCUCCCACCAUGUGCCAGAGUCUGGGGGUCACGAGUGAAGCAAUAGACACCCCAACCUCAAGACUGCGGGUGAUCUCUUGGUGGUGGCCUUAAGGAGACAUUAGUUGCACUACGUGGAAUACUGUGCCCGAAGUGGACACCCGUUGCACUCCGUGUCCUGAGAAGGGUGAGAAGUUCACUUAAACUCCGAAGAAAGCUUUAAAGGGAAGUCAGGAAGGUCAGGAGCUCUUGAUCCUCAAGUUGGAAACCAAGAAAGUUGGACAGGGCGGGGAAACCCAUAAGCGUUAUGCCAGAGAUGGGGCAGGAGGCGAAUCCUCAAAUCUCCUACGGUAUGAAAAAAGUGAGCUUUUCCCACAGUUCUGGUGCCGUCUGGUGGCUUGGUCCUGAAAAACGUCCAGGGGACAGUUGAUUGUUAGGGAUGUGGGAGACCCAGACAUUCAUUCAUUGGGGGCCAACUGUUUGCAACACCAUGUCCUGCGUACCUUCACGAGCAAUAAAAGACAAUCUUGGUGCCCACGGGUUAUACCCAACCCUGCCUCAAGGCCUUAUGUUUCUCUGUGUCCCAAGACGAGGAGAACACGAGUGGACAAUGGUACCCUCAGCCAGUUGUCCACUUCGUUCCUCACUUUCAAAAAAAUCCAUUCAAUAGACACUCCCUGAGACGUCUUAUCCAAGGACCUCCUGGUGGAAACAAUGGACUCCCUGCUCCAUCCUUUACAUGUUUUAUGGAAUGGACAUCAUCUUCCUCUUAAGCCCCUGCUGAUAUCCACACUUCUGGCUUUCUUCACGGAGAAGAUGGAGGAUGUGCUGAGAAAUCACACGCAUGUUUCAUCACGAAGACAAAUCAGAGCAGAUUCUACACUGGAUGUGAGCUUUGUCCUACCUUCUUGUUCCUUGCUGCAGUUGUCUGAAGUUCUCUCCAAACUAAGACGAAGUCCUCAACUUACUCCACAGUUGUCCAACUACCAGCCUUCUUGGAGAGGUCAUUCCAUCUCUUCGCCCACAUGGUUGAAGAAAACUGCGCUCCUGAAGGAAAGCACCUCUCGCUUCGCACCUAAAAUCUGUUCACUUAAAAUAAGGUGAUCCUUCAUCUACUCGUGUCUGAGUUACCUCUUUGUGUCCUGCUUCUGUGGCUGUACAAGCACGUUGAUGGUUGAAUGUCCUAGAGAAGAACAGGUACCUGUCUCCAUCCCCACAUGGCUUCCUUCCUGAAUUACAUUGUCUAUUGUUGCUGUCUUCUUCCUAAGGGAGAACAUACUUCAUCCUCCAGGAGCACUUCUGAAGAUCUUCUGUCUUCAGUUACCCCUAGAAAGCAACUCCAUUGUUUCAGAUUUCAGCUUCUGUGAUUUUUAUCCUACUCUUUAAUUAUUCUACUGUUCGUUGGUUGGUUCAUCUUCCUGUUAGGAACAUGGAGAAGAGGGAAGCUGUUCUUCUGCUUAUUUGCAGAUGAGAAAUUUGCAAAUUUCCAGAAGCUGGCUCAGAUACUUUAUGGGAUGUUACUGCACUCCAAAUGUGAUGCGUUAGAACAAUGUUUCUCAACCUUCGCAACUUGAAGAUGUGUGAACUUCAACUCCCAGAAUUCUUAAAGCAUGCUGGCUGGAGGAUUCUAGGAGUUCGGCCACCCCUUUUAAAGCAUACUAGUUAGGAAUUCUGGGAGUUGAAGUCCACCCAUCUUAAAGCAUAAUUGAUGGGGGAUUCUGGGAGUUGAAGGCCACCCCUCUUUAAGUUCCCAAGAUUGAGAAACAGUUCAAUAGAAGUUUAAGAUGGUGGUGUGUUUUUUUUUUGCCUUUUCUGGCCCACUAACACAUCUGCUCUUACUUACGUAGAGGCAAACUGAGUCCAGACUACGAAUGUUUUAUCAUAUUCCUUCCACCUCUCUUGUUUUGCCUUUUUCUUCCCCAGGUAAGCAUUCUCUAGGAGACUACAAACCCAAUCAUCCCUGUGUCUCCCCAAACCCAGAAACAAGAUCCUCAAUUGCUCCACAAUUGUCUACAAGGUUGAAACCGUUCUUAAAUCUUUUUCUUCUAAUCUCUUAUCCAUUCCAGGUCUUUUCUCUGAAAGAACAUAAUAAUAAUAAUUCUGGAACAGAGACCAGUUUCCACCAAGUGCAAUAUCAGUGUUCCAAAACUUUUGUACCCCCCCUUUUUUUAUUAUUUGUCUAAAGGGGGUAAAGAUGUUAAUUUUCAGAGUUUUCCGAAAGAAAACUACCGAUGGAUAACUGUCCUUUGACCAGCAUGAAAUUUAACACUGACUAUUCAUCCACGGUGGCUGUUGGUUGAGGCUUACAUUGACUGCAGUUCUGAAGUUCCUAAGAUUGUUGGCCUGGUUUGUUUGAGAGAAUCUGAGUCAGUUGGAUUGAUUCGGGGCAGGUUUAGGCUGCAGACACCAGGCUGAAUGUUUGGGGGGGAUUUGCAAAGAAAAAAAAGGGGGGGCUCGUGUCUGUUGGUACGGGGUGAUGUACCACGGUGUGCUUUUUCCACGUGCAUAUUUUGUACAGUCUGUAUUGUGGUGGUACGCCAUCAUUUUUGACCCAUGGGAAGUGAAGAAAGAGAAAAGAAAGAGGCUUUAAUGAUUCUUUGCAGCCUCCUAAUGUUGCAAAGACUUUAAAAAAAAAAAAGUGAAUGUUUUUAAGAUUAAGGAGAUAGAAGCACGCUCUGGAAUUCAACAUUAUUUUGGAUUUGUAAACGAACAAAACUGGAUUGCGAAAAAUGCUUUUAAGGCAAUGUUUCUCACUGACUGCUUGAAGAAGGUUGGAUUUCAACUCCCAGAAUUCCCCAGCCAGCAGGCUGGCUGGGGAAUUCUGGGAAUUGAAGUCCACCCGUCUUCAAGAGUCCAAGGUUGAGAAACAUUGCUUUAAGGAUCGAUAUAGGGACAGGGGUGCCUUAUUUGUCCCCCAACACCCCUAAAACUUCCAUUUUGUCCCGAUCCAGAACCGAGACUCCCAAAGAGGAAAAAGAUCCAUCCUCCACUUCGAUCUGAGCCAUUGUACCAGCCCAGCCUUCUCGAUUUUAAGUAGGGCCAUUGGUUGCCCAAGGGGAACUCUAUGUAUUUUGCAAUAAAUAGAUUUUAAAGGAGGCACAGAUCCUCAGCAACCACGGGGCAUUUAAAAGCUCCCCUUGCAAAUCGAGGUACCCAUAAGGGAUUGCAAAUUUUUUGGACCUUGCCGGCGUUCUCUGUGAUGUGGAAAAACAGUGUCUGGUUUUAAAAGGCCUCUGGGACAGAACAAAUCCACUUAGACUGCACUACCUUGCGUCUUCUUUUCCUUCCAGAAAAUUUAAAAGCACAAUCUGAAUUUUUAAAUUUAGAAAAGUAAAAAAUAUGCCUUAAACUUGAAUGGGACUGCUUGCCUUGAAUUUUACUGGUUUUUGCCUCGCCGAAGGAGGAUAUUCUUGUUCCCCCGAGUUUAAAUAAACAGAUAAAAAAAGCAA